AUGAAUGAAGAACACAGGAGAAUCAAGAAGAUAACUGAGACAGUGAAUAUUUUGUUGAAGCGAGCAGAGAAGAGAAGGAAGGCGAUUGUUGAGGAAAUCCGAGUAGCAAAUGAUUACUCAUAUGAGUUGAGGAUUAAGAAAAGAAAGACCAUACGCCAUGAUGCGGAUGAAUGA